AUGAGUAAUACUAAUAGUACAGAUGUUGAUGAGUUGCAACAGCUUGGACCUGUGAAGCCACCUCGCCUAAUUGGCCCUAUGGAUAAGUUUGCAAAUCAAAUUAAUCCUGAAUAUUCUUUAAGUUCAGGAAAGGGCAAGGCGAAACAACGAAUUAUUGAGACAUUUGACAAAGAAAGGAGUAACCAGGUGAAAGGGUACAUAUGUAGAUGGGCCUAUGAAGCUGCUAUUCCAUUUGAUGCUUUUGAGAGAGAUAGCUUCAAGUUGAUGGUUGAAGCUAUUGGUCAAUAUGGUCCGGGGGCUCAAGGACCAAAUAGAUAUGAAAUGAGUGAGGCGUAUUUGAAAAAUGAUGUUGAUCUAGCCCGAGAAGCUUUGAAGGUGCAUGAAGCGGAGUGGAAACUAUAUGGCUGCUCAAUUAUGACCGAUGCAUUGACAAAUAGGAAGAGAAGAAGUAUCAUGAACUUGUGUGUCAAUUCAAGGUUGGACACAGAGAAUGUUGUUCAAAUUGUCACUGAUAAUGCCUCGAACAACAUGAGAGCUGCUAAAUUAUUGAAAGAGAGGAGGCCAAUGAUAUUUUGGACUUGUUGUGCAACUCAUUCCAUUAAUAUAUUGCUUGAAAACAUUGCAGGUUUACCAAUGUUUAAAAGAGUUCUUGAACAAGCAAAGAGUUUGACUAUCUUUAUCAAUGCACACCAUAAAACAUUGACAAUGAUGAGAUCCUUUACAAAUAAGUGUGACAUAGCUAGGCCAGGUGCGACUAGUUUUGCUUCUACAUUUAUUACUUUACAAAGUUUAGCUGAUAAGAAAGUUGAACUAAAAGCUAUGUUUACAAAUAAUGAAUGGGAUGAAUGUAAAUUUGCCAAAACAAUUGAAGCGAAACAGGCCUAUUCUACUGUCUUGAGUCAGACAUUUUGGCAAGGGGUGGAAUUAUGUUUGAAGGUUUUUGCACCAUUGGUGAAUGUGCUUUGUAUUGUUGAUCCGGAUAAGAAACCUUCAAUGGGAUUAGUUUAUGGUGAGCUUAUGCAGGCCAAAGAAGACAUUAAGAAGGCAUUGAAUGGAGUUGAAAAGAACUAUGAGCCUAUUAUUAGAAUAAUCGAAGAGAAGAUAAAAAAUAGGCUAGACACCCCUCUUCAUUUGAUGGCUUUCUUGUUGAAUCCUUAUUACCAUUAUAAAGAUCCUCUGUUUCAUUUGGAUGAUGCUGUUUCUAUUGGAAGCGUUAAGUUCCUCGAGAAAUAUUACUUUGGUGAUAUAGAAAUACAAAACAAGAUAUUAAAGGAAGAAUUGUCCAAGUAUAAGAUGAAAGAUGGAAUGUUUGGGAAAUCAAUUGCACUAAAAGGAUGUGAGUCUAAUGAUGAGCACUAUGAUCCGGCAAUGUGGUGGUCAACUUUUGGCGUAGGAGCUCCAAAUUUGAAAAGAUUAGCAAUGAAGACUCUAUCUCUUAUUACUUCAAGUUUUUCGGAGUGUGAAAGGAAUUAG